AUGAAAGCUUCCAUUUCGUUAGCUUCGCCUCAUGAUCAUGAUUUCGACCCGGACCAGCGCAGCCUAUUCCAAAGACAUGCGCAAAUUUUCAGGUUUCUGUCAGCCGCCUUCCUUUUAUCGUUCUCCUUAAAACGGGCGAGUCAUUGUUGCACCUCCAAAUUGACAAAUAUGGAUUCCGAAAUAACCUCGUGUGCUGAUGACAGACCUCUUACCUCAACUUUCCGGGCCAGUCAUGCGACUGCGCAUAAUGACUCAAAGCAAUCCCGGCACAAUCCUAUAGCUAGGAUUUCAGACUCUCGAGCCCGGAGUCGUCGUUCAACUCGGCGAUCAGUGUCAGCCCACACCGCCUCCGACAUUCAGGAAGAGUCAGACAAAGCCUCGAAGUGGCGCCAACGUCGACACGCUCCUGUAACGCGUCAAAGUGCGGAUUUGCCCGUAUCUGAGGAUCCAAUACAAAGGUCGAAGCGCCUUCAUCGCCGCCGACUUGGAUACACGACUGUGCAGACGAUAUAUGUGGCGUCAUCCGUUGCAGAUGAAGAGGAGAAGCAGCCUAUUCUGAAGACACCACCAUCAUCAUCAUUAACAUCUUGUUCUCGCGUCGUAUCGGAUUCAGGAUACGCAGUCUCACCAGCGGCUCGCUCAGACCGUGUUCGCCGUACAAAUCUGCUGCUCGACUUGGCACGACGAUCUAUCGAAAUCGAGUCGGACUGGGUUGGCCGGAGGCCUUGCGUCAUGGAUGUUAUUCUGGAUCUUCGAGACUUGGGCCAAAACUCGGCACUGGAGGCCCUUCUACUGCUGCUGAAUCAUGGAGGAGCCUCCAACGGGGACCCAUAUCCUUCCUAUUAUCGGACGUAUGACUUCAGCGACGAGAGGAGCCUCGUGGCAUAUUGGGCUGACCAAUCGGUGCUGUGGAGCGGGAUGCGGGUCCGCGAUAACACAAGUAAUGCCAUGGGCUUUCCGGUCUCUCUCGAACGGUCGACUGCGCGGUGGGAUGCGACGGCACUCAAUUGCGAAAGCGAUGAGGUCACUUCCGUUAGCGGCGGCCCAGUUUCGGUAUGUUAG